AUGCCCCGCACCGACGAAGCAACCUCCUUCUACCACUCCGUCUACAGCGCCAUCCAAGAGAUACCAUAUGGAAAAGUGACUACCUACGGACACAUCGCGCGGUUAAUUGGGACGCCCAACCGCCCCCGCCAAGUAGGAAUCUGUCUCAAGCAUCUCCCCAGCGCGCCCUCCACAUCCACAUCCACAUCCACCACCAUCUCUCCCGACUCUCCCUCCCACCUCUUCCACAACGGCAACGUACCCUGGCAACGAGUGAUCAAUGCAAAAGGGGGGAUAAGUCCACGAAGCCACCCCUCCGGCGCCCAAAAUCAAGCUGCUAUUUUGCGGAGUGAAGGUAUCGAGGUAACGAUUGGUUCGCUAAACACCCUCCUCAUCUCCCUUCCCACCUACGGCUGGUUUCCGCGUCAACUACCCAGCGAAGAAGCGGCUGGUAUCGAUCCACCUAUUAAUUCGGAUUCUGAGUCUGAUUCUCCCGGUGCAGAUGAAAGUCAUGACGCGGAGGAAUGA